UAUAAUCUGCUCUAUUCUUCAUUCUUUCUUAAUGCUUUUCUACUAAAUUAUUAACAGUUGAUACAGAAUAGACCAAAAACAGGCAGUUCUCUGUUUUCAUUGUAUGUUCUGGUCAUUGUUGCAUGGUGUUUAUGAUUGAACCAUCUAAGUGAUGGAUUCUGCUUAGUUUUUAGCUUUUUUUCAAAAGGAUGUGGUAGUUUAAGUUUGUAAUUGGACUAGUUGUAGCAUUUUACUGUAGCAUCAAGUGGUAAAAGAGUGUAAGAACACAUCAGGAUAUGACAUAUAAUGUCAAUAAGGGAGAGUAAGAUCAAGAUUCUUUUUGGUCCGAUCCUCCCGUUUUGGUGUUUUUCCAGCAUAUUCUAAGGUAUCAAGGAAGUCACUGCGUUUCGAAUGCGGGUCUUAUGUUUUCAGGACGGGUAAUAGGUCAUCGAAGGGCAGAGAGGUUGCUAAAGAUACGUGUUAGUGUUAUUGUUUUUCUGUUUCUUGGCUCUGCCGAGUUUUCCCACCAAGAAUUUCCAGGGGACCCAAAGGCGAAUCUGGUCUUUUUUAAGGUUUUGGAUACAUUUCCACCAGAAUGACGGCGAAUCAGCACUUCUGCCUCAAGUGGAACAAUCACCAGGACACGCUCAUCUCCCUCUUCUCGUCGCUCCUCGAUUCAAACACAUUCGUCGACUGCACACUGGCAGCAAGCGGAAAACAGAUAAAAGCUCACAAAAUGAUACUUUCCGCCUGCAGUCCUUAUUUUAAGGAGAUUUUAAUGGAACACGGAGACAUGCAUCCGAUAAUAAUCCUCAACAACGUCCAAUUCACUGAGUUGGUGGCCAUAGUCGAAUUCAUGUACCGGGGCGAGGUGAACGUGUCUCAGGACCAGUUGGCGAUAUUCCUCAAGGCGGCGAACGCCCUUCAGAUCAAAGGGCUGACAAACGACGAGGAAGAGAGGGUCACGACGACGGAAAAGAACGACGAAGGCGACGAUGAGGCAGGAGACGCAGAGGCGCCCAAAGAUCUUUCGGUGAGCGACGGCCUGCCGAGCAAUUACCACUCGAGCGACGAAUCAUUCCAAGAAGGCUCGAUACACAAGCUCGACAAUGAAAACGACGAUUCUCACUCAUACCCUGGGCCGUCAAAUCAGACAAAUCAAGGUGUGAUUUUUCCAGAUGCAAACACUUUUCCUCAAAAUCCAACAUUUUUAGGUUUAUUACAGCAACAGAAGAGAUUCUCGGAGGAAAAUAUCUCGCCUAUUGUUAGUUUCCCAGGGUAUUCGAAAAUGAUCCAGUUGAGAAGGCCGAAUGCGACGGAAAAGGACGCCAAUUUCAAAUGCGACGCCUGCUCCAAGUUUUACCGUUCCAAGACGAGCCUGAACCUCCACAAGAGAUGGGAGUGCGGGAAGGAGCCCAAGUUCGCCUGUCCGUACUGCGACAAAAAGUGCCACCAGAAAGGAAACCUCAAAGUGCACAUAAUAAGCAGACACCGCGACCGCAUACAGCAGCCUCAUAGCAAAAACAACACUUGAGCUUCUUUCGUCGGCCCGCUUUCGGUUUUUCCUCCCUCUUGUUCCUCGAUAACGUCUCCAAUAAGGUCUGAUCUCUCUUUCUACUUAUCGAAUCCUUGUAUCGCAAUGGAAAAAGUGCUGAACAAAUUUUAUCCAUUCUUUUAUUUUAUUUUUUCUAUUUGAAAAAGAAAUCUGCGUUUUUUUAACCCAUUGAAUGAGACGUGUUGAAAAAAAAAAUUCCCCUGACAGGACCAAAAAAUCAAAGACAAUAUUUCAGUACAAAUCCACUCGGAAAUUUUGCCAUUUUGAUUCCAAUUGCAAAGAUUCAAGUCAACUUUGUAUCAUUUCAAUGUACCAUCUGAAUUCAACCAAAUUCGCAGAAAAUGUGUCGUCUCGUUCUUCUCAUUGGGUUCGAAAUGGAAAAAUCCCAUGACUAGAAACGAUCAGGGAUGAAUAAACAACGCGUAAAAAUGAAAAAGCGCAGUUUUUUUAAUCAUUUCCAAUAUAAACUACCUCAUAAAGUUAUUUUCUGUCAAAAUUUAACUGUCUAAGGUAGAAAAUUAUCUUUUUAACAGAACCAGAGGUGUUCCUAGAUGAUUAACAUAUACAAAAAAAUAAAUAAAAGGCAGAAAUUCAAAUCCUAGGCCUUUUCUGAUAAUCAAUCCCUGAUUUACCGUAAGACGAACAUCAAUGUUUUAUCCAUGACAAUAAUUUGAAGUACUUAGCUUUUAUUGUAUUGGGAAAUUAUUCUCUUUGUCCUGUUUUAUCAUGUGCUAUUGACGUUUUUAUAAUUUACCAUAAUUUAUUUAUUCUUUUGUUUUUUCUUAUGUUUUUUAACACUACAAUCUCUAAUUUUUGUCGCAACAACUGGGAUUUUACGAUUUGUAUUUCUUCAAAAUCCGAACACAUUUUAGCUCGAUGAAAUUCCGUAUUUUUCUAGAGAAACAUUAUGUUGAGCGGUUAAUGCUGGCAGGUGAAGCCAAAAAAAAAUUUUUUUACAACAAAUUUGAGCAAAUUUCUGGCAAUGAGUGUUUUUAAUGUUGAUAAUUUUGUUCAGAUCUUUGAUUUUUUUUUUGUAUAUAGUUUUGAUACAAAUUUUGAACAAAAGAGAAAAAAAUUUAGUACUUAAAGAUCAGUUUCUUAUUGCAUGACGUUAAAUUAUGCUCUCUAUCUUAUAAUUUAAAACAAAAAAUAUAUAUAAAUAUGUAUAUCAUUAAUUAUUAUCAAUUAAAUAUAAUUGCUAUUAUAUUAGGCUGAUAAUAUUUAAAAAGAAGGGAAAAUAUUAUUUAAAAAAAAUAAUUAAAAAUCCAAAAAAAAAAAAUUAUUAUUAUUCGGGAAAAAAAGAUAGUUUGUAGGUAGACAUCUUCCACCGUGUUUUGUAUAGAUUAUACGGUCAGAGAAAAUGGUAACUUUGCAGUAUCACCAAAGUAUUUAGUAGUUUGUAAAACUCGGUUUUAAGCGGAUACGUAAUAAGCGGCCAGCCUUGUUCUCAGUACAAUACAAAACUAAAAGCAUCCUUUUUUUAUUUUAGUUUUUAUUUUCGUUUUCGAGAGGCUGUGAGCGAAAUCAUUUGAACAAUAACUUUUGUACAAAUAGGUGUUUCUCCGUUUGCCCCCCCCCCCACAAAUACUCCCAACUACAAUCCCACGGAUUAGAAUCUAUAUUUUAGUAAAACAAAAAAAUUUUAUAUAGACACGAGACUUUCUUAUAGUAAAAAAAGGAAUAAUUAAAGAAUAAAAGACAAAUGAUCAUUAGUAUUUUUUAGAUGGAAAAAGGUUGUUUUUACAAUAAGUAUAGCGGAAAGAGAAAUUCCCACUCGCAAGAUUUUUUAAAAACCAGCUAUUUUUUUAUUUUAUGACUGUACAUGAUUACAUUACAACAGGCUUGAUCUUUUUUUUUUAUUUGUAAAAUCGAGCCUCGAGUCAAUUAAAACUGUUGUUACCAGUGGUGAAAAACCCUUA